CGUUUAGGCAUCAGCCGACUCCUCCUUUAUCCACCUCUUCCCAUUUCCCCUCCGCACGCGCCCCGCGGUUCCAAAGCAGCGAGACAUGCUCCAUUCUCAUCACCUCCUCUCCCGCUUCUCCCCUCUCCCUCCGUCCCGCCACCAACCCCAACCGCCCCAUUCCCCACCUCUCUUUUGCCUCCGCCCCGCCCCCGCCGGCCGGACGGCCGUCCGCGCCGCGGGGCCCCGCCGGUGGCUCGCCGAGCUUCCCGAGGCCGUGGCCCCUCCGCCGCAAGGUUCCGACGAUGGUGGCGGCCCCGUCGAGCUCCCGCCCUCGUCAACCUCCACCCUCUUUGCCGUUGGCGACAACCCUUCCUCUCUCCAGACCGCCACCAGCAUCCUCCUCACCGGCGCCAUCUCCGUCUUCCUCUACCGCUCCCUCCGCCGCCGCGCCAAGCGCGCCAAGGAACUGAGGGUGAGGUCGACUGGGAUGAAGAAGACGAAGGAUCUUAAGGAGGAGGCUUUGGAUAACUUGAAGGCCAUUGGGGUGGCUCCGGUGGCUCCGGUGGAGGCUGGGGCCCCGCCCUCCCCUGUGCAGGCCUUUUUAGGUUCCAUUGCAGCUGGCGUCAUUGCUGUCAUCCUCUACAAGUUCACCACCACCAUAGAGGCUGCUCUCAAUCGCCAGGCAGUCUCGGAUAGCUUCUCGGUUCGACAAAUCACCAUAACAAUAAGGACCAUCGUGAAUGGUUUGUGCUACCUUGCAACUUGUGUUUUUGGAAUUAAUUCCAUCGGUUUGCUGCUCUACUCCAUUCAGCUUACCAUCAGUUCUCUCAUGGAAACUUUUUCUGGUGACUCACCAUCUGCUAAGAAAGAAGGUGGACAGCCAAACACGAUGGCUCCUGCAGAGAGCUCCACAGCUGAUUUGGAAUCUGGAAGCAAUGACAUGCAGCAAAAUUCAGGUGAAAAUAAAGAUUAGUACAGCAAGAGAAUAUGAUUGGCGGGAGGUUUGAUUUCUUUCUCCCCUGUGCAGAAUCCGUUCUUGUUCCCUUCUGGUUGUCAUAGCCUUUGCUUAGAUAAAUAAAAACAAAUGCAAGUUUUGACUUUCGAAGUAGCUUGCACCAAUGCUUCAAAUGCUAACGGGUAUAAUUCAUCAGAUCGUACAGCAAUAAGACCGGUUCUCUAAGACCCUCUCAUACUUGCAGACAGGGCAUGCAACGAAGUACAGUAUCAAGUUAUGGUGCCAUCCUCGUAUAGAAAGAGGGUGAUCAUAGGAAAUCGAGUGAUUGUUACCUCUCUAUUGUUCAGAGGAUGUCAUGGUCCAAAUACUGAGAGAGGGUGAUCCAGGAUUUUCAGAUUACUGCAGCUGUAAGUGCUCCUGCAGGAGCUCAUGGCAUGAUGCGCAUGGCCAUGAAGGCUUAUGAAGCUAUGCGGGCUGUGCCUAGGGCCAUGGAGUCAUGUCAUGGAGUCACGUUACCUUGGUAGGACCGAGGGCUUUUUGUAGCCUCAGAUGCCUAAAUAUCUCAAUAAAACAGUAGUAGGCGAAUUUUCUCCACCCUUAUAUGUUGCUUUUCCAGGGAGCAUUGGCUUGGAAAAUUCCCCUAGUAGAGCCCCCUUCUCAAGUUUGCAAAUUUUGUCUAGCUAUCGACCCUUCUAACUUCGUAUUGGAAACUUGCACAUCUUUACCUUCAGCACCGAAUGAAGCAGGGCCUCGUUUCAAAGUUUCAGCUGCAUACUAAUUACUGGGUGGAUGAUGUUAAGUGCUGGCUUUCUGACACAAUUAAUCAAAAUCUAUAGGACAGCAAUCGGCACCGCUGAGUUGGACUUGGCAUUGGCAUGGGACCUAGCAGAGCUUGGAUCCGUGCAGUGGUGGGUCCAAAUAAUGCUGUCCAAAGCCUUAAAAGCAGAUCUAAGCAUCCAACAGGUAGCUUAGCCGUAGCCAUCCUGGGAAGACAGACGCUGUUGAAUCACUGCACUGCAUUGUUUGGUAUGGGUUCCUUUUCUUUUGACUUGCUGCUGAGAUGCAUGGGCCAUAGGAAACUGGUUAUGGGCAAGAAACACUUCAAAUCAUGUUAAGAAAGCUGGUAAAGGGGGAUGGAUGUGGGAGAAGGGUGAUGACGAUGGUAGAGAAGGAUACUAUGCAUCACCUCCCAAUCAUGGAUGUCAGUCACAGGUCCCUCCAACUUCUUUUGUUUGGCCCUUUAUUCAGUGGCCGGCAGGGGACAGCCAUAGGCGAGCGGAUAUUUCGUUUAGUGGCUAAAGUCACAUCCUUCUGGGAAGAUCUUGGGCAAGAUUACGCCAUUAUUGUACUAGUUGUGGCUUAAAUGGGUCACACUGUUUGUGAAAGAAAGGGCAUUAGUUUUGAAUUAGUGUACUUGUGUACAGUGGGGUUGCGGAUAAGAUUUUAUUAUUAUUAUUAUUGAUUGACAACUCGAAGUUGCUUGCUGUAAUGGCUGUUAGAAUAGUUACCUCUAAAUUCAGAUACGAUCGGUUGUUUUACAUCUCUGUAAACCCGAUUCCUGUACAAUGCUUUAAAAAUGAUAUAGAACUUUAGCAAAGUUAGAUGAUA